GCCCACCCACCGCACCCCCCACACCCCCUUCUCACACUUCCCCGCGUUACGUGUGACUGGCGUAACGCAGAGUAACUGUUCCUGGGAGUCCUGCACCGCGUCGCUACGUUUGCCAGUCAUUGCAGGCGGUGGUUAGCUCCUGCCACCUCCUCCUACACGCCUACAGUCAGUUCCUUCCUAUCGUCCAGUUCCUCCACGUCUUGUCUCUUCUUCCUGUUUACCUUUGUGUGUUUUUGUUUCGCGUUUGGCUGAGUUGUGUGUUUGGUGUUUACGUGACUUUUGGGUGAGUUCAGUGACGAUGUAAAGGAAGUGAAGUCCUCAGUCAGUUAUACUUCCUUCCCUCCCACCUCCUCUACUUCGUUCUGUCUCUUCUUCCUGGUUAUUUUAGCAGGUGUUAUUGUUUUGCGUUUGGCUAAGUAUUGUGUAUUUUGCGUUUCCCUGACUGGUGAACUUAGUGACGUCCUGAACCAAGGGAAGUGAGUUGUCAGUCAGUUCCUUCUUUCCCUUCACCUCCUCCAUAUCGUUGUGUCUUUUCUUCCUGUUUAGUUAUGUGUGUGUUCCUGUUGUGUUGCGUAAGUUGUGUGUGUUUUGUGUUGACCUGACUGCUGGGUGAGUUGAGUGACAUAAUGAAGUUUGAAAAGUGAGGUGAAAGAGGAAACCGAUACGCGUGGAUGUUUGUUUUGUUGUCUCGUGGAUGAUCGGACGUGUGCGUAGGUGGACCUAUGAUGUGAUGACGAUGACCUCCGUGGCUCAGCGAAAGUCACGUGUUCUGUUGGCGGACUGGUUGGGUGUCAAGACAAUGUACAUGGGCAGCAGGUCGAGCCCCCGGCGUGUGGUGGCGGCGGUGAUGGUGACGGGGGUGGCGGCGACGCUCGUGACGGUGAUGAUGAUGAUGGAGCCUCGUGCCCUCUCGCUAACCCGCCAGGCACGCCACAGCCCCCGCGUCAGCCCCUCCCCCUUCCCGCCGCCCCUCCCUGAACACCUGAAUACCGUGGACACAGAGGCUGCAGGUGGCCAAUUCGACACCAUACCUGGCUGGCCGUACGGAAUGCGGAUUAACGAGCCAGACACCUGCAAAGAUCAAGACGUUUACCUGUUGAACACCAUCACGACGAACCCCACGCAAGUUUACCACCGGAACCUGAUCAGGAAGAUGUGGGCGAGGAAGGACAUCGAGAAGAGACUCAAGAUCCGGACGGUGUUCAUCAUCGCCGCCGUUCGUUCGGAGGUCACGCAGCGGCACCUUCAGGAGGAGAGUGACAAGCACCGCGACAUCAUCCAGUUCGACUUCUUGGAGACGCGGAGGAACCUGACCGUCAAGUCCCUCGCGGCACUGCACUGGUUCAGGGCCUACUGCGGGAACGCCUCGUGGGUGCUGAAGUGUGACGUGGACGCUUACAUCAACUUCUGGGCGCUGCUGGACGUGCUGCGGCCGGCGGAGGGGAGCCAGGAUGCUGUUUGUGGCCGCUCGAAGUCGCGAUCUGUCUGUAGGGACGCCAACACGAUAGGAUGCCUGCAGCGCUACGUGGUGAGCCCAGAGGAGUACCCGCUAUCCAUUUAUCCUCCCUACUGCUCGGGGUUCGCUUACGUGCUGCACAGACGCCUGGUGGACCGCAUGCUUGAGGUGGACGGAAAAAGGACCGGGCCGCCUCUGUUUCUGGAGGACGCGUAUGUGACAGGUCUGCUCCCUCGUGACCUGAAUGCCCGCUGGCUGAACGUGAGACGCCGCAUCAUGGUCGUUCCUGAGUACAUUCGGCCCGAGUACCACAACGGGACCUUCCUCUUCGUUCACGACCUGGACGGACAGAUCGGCCAGGGCGCCACCAGCUACGUGUGGCAGAAGACCCUCCAGUACUAUGGAAUGGUGCCCUGAGAGAGAGAGAGAGAGAGAGAGAGAGAGAGAGAGAGAGAGAGAGAGUUUAUGUAAUAUCUUAUCAGUGGAUUUCCUCAUAUUUAGGGAACUGUUCGCUUAUCUUAUUUUUAUUUACUGCGACCUUUACCGGGGUGAAAACAGCCUCUCGUUUUUUUUUUUUCACCAUUUAUUGGCCCUCAGGAGCUGCUUUGAGGGUGACCUACACAUCUUCUCACUCGUAGAUAACACUGUGAUAUGUUACGUGGAAGAACAGGUUAGAAUAUAUGAGAUUGUAAUGUCUUAGAAAAUAAAGAUGAGAAAAACAUUGCACUCGUCUAUUGUCUUAUGGAAUGUAUGUAUAAAGAAGAGUAUGUAAGGAGUGGGAAUAACUCGAUGCUUACAAUAAUAUCUGACAGAACGUUUACCAAAACAUGUAUAUGAGUUUUGGAAUCGUACCAGUGUCAGCAAUAUUACACCAGUCCCCCGUACUCGUUAUCCAUCCUCUUUACUUCCUUAUAUUCCUUACAAGACAGAAAUUAAAUGAAAAACAAAAAUGAAAACAAUCUAUGUCAUCUCGUCUCUUUUCACAGUAAUUUCCUUGGAAUAUAACGUUACAUUUAUUUUUGUCCGUCAUUCUUCAAACUACUUCCUAUCGAAACCGCUUAACUACAUAAUUGACGAUUUAUUCGACUUAUUAGAGUAUUAAAUGAUUCCCGCUUUUCACAGUAAUGAGUUGAACAAAACCUCAAUCAUACGGAAGGUUAUUUUGGGAUACAGGUUACCCUCUACAGAAUGAUCCAAUAUAGUUAUCCAGCAUCAGUGGUCAUACGGUGUGCCAAGUCGCCAGCCAAGUCAGUCAGUCAAAUGAGGUAGGUGAGUGGCUUGCAAGGUCCUGAGUUGAUGUGAGAUGUGGCUUAGCAUGGCUCCCGUGGCUCCUGUGGCCCUGUAUGGCUUUCCGGGGUGUGGG